CGCAUCCACACCGCGGCUGAACCAGCGCAUCUCCAUGCACCACGUGGGAAUCAACGGGUUUAUUGUUUUUUUCUGCUGCGGUGGAUCGAAAUCUGAGGGCGGAACCACACCCAAUCUGAAGUCUAUAGUGAUUGGACGAUGUUACAAUUACAUCAUGCUGUUAAACCCUACCUUCAGUUGUGACUGUGAGGAGGUUUGGAGGCUGUUUGAAGAGGCUGUGGUUCCCAAGUCCUCCUGCAGCAACCAAGUGAAGGACUACCAGGAGAUGCUCAGCAUCCUGCCCCAGAACUCCCCCUGCCACCAGUUCCUGUUCUGGAGCAAGACAAGAUGGAUGAUGGAGGCCUACACCACCCUGAUGGAGAACGUCUACACCCUGGAGGACACGCUAGUGGGCUACGUGUUCAACCAGCUGGACUGGUGUGGACACCUCCAACACACAGGAUUUGAUUUUGAAUCCUGUCCAGAGUGGUCGACGUGUCCUCUCCAUCCCGUCUACUCCCUGUGGAGACAGGCCUCCCAGCAUUUUGCAGAAACCGCUUGCGGCAACAUUACAGUCCUACUGAAUGGAUCCAUCGCCUCCGCAUUUAACAGUAAAAGCAUGUUUGGCAGCGUUGAACUCAACGGUCUUAAUCCUAGCAUGGUGGAGUACGUCAACAUCAAGGUGGUUUCCAACCUCCGAGGACCUUUCAUAGAGUCGUGCAGUCUGGGCUCCGUUGCAGAGCUGAUCCAGAUCCUUCAGUUCCGGGGAUUCAAAUGGACCUGCACGGACAAUGACCUGACUCUGAAGCUGCUCCAGUGCGUCCAGAGCCCCGAGGAUCCCUCCUGCCAGAUGUGCUCCUCCAGCCUACUGCAGACCCAGGGGCCGCCUCUCAUCGGACCUUGAGCUCUGCUGCAGUCUGCUGUCAGCACGCAGGAUGUCCUCAACCCUAACCACGGCCUCAAUGACUGGGAUCCUAAAUGAAUUAAAGCAAAUCAAACAUAUAAAAGUUUCUUAGGAUGACAGUUGCUUGUUGUCUCUUUCUGUAGUCCAACGUUUCGA